UCGGGUCAGUACACGUGCCGUGGUAGCCGGUUAGCCGCGGUGUCAGCGCGACUCGUUAACCCCUGUCAAAGGCUCGAGGUUCCUCGCUCGGGAAGGGGAAUCGCCUCUGCUCGCUCCAGAUAGAAUCCAGCAACCAGGAUGUUUGACGAUGAUGAUGAUGCGGAUCCACACUUUACUGCUGUUGAUAAGUAUCACUUUGAGAAUGGCAUGCAGGAGCCUGUCUCUUUGAGUGUCUUGCCUCUAAAGUUUGAUGAGAUUGAUGAAGUAGCAUGUCUUGAUUCCACAAAGGUGGAUUUGCAUGGAUUUGCGGACAAUGGCCUCCAUACAGUGCACGCGAAGGUGGUGGCUUGGAGAGUAGGAUUUGAUUAUGAGCAGCCAAAGAUCACAGUGCUUUCAAGCGAGGGCUAUUGGAUAGAGCUGUUGAAACCACGGAAAUGCUAUGAGAAGACUGUUCGAUCAGUAUUGAUCUCAGUGCAGAUGCUCCACUUUGUAAAGAAGUGGCCUAGAAAAGAAAAUAGAAGCCUUUUGAAUCACCUCUGUGAAGUUUUCAAUAAAUUUGAUAUUAAACCUUCCGAGCGUGAUUUAAAGAAGCAACAUUCCAUAAUCAAGUUCUUCGCAGAGAGGGAUCCAACUUUGAUGAAGUCAAAGAUUCUUCAAAGGAUAAUGGAGAAUACACCCAGGAAAACAAAAAAGCCCAUUUUAAAGGGUGUAGGUGCCACAGAGCGGCUUGUUGCAAGCAGCAGUGACGAUGAAGAAGACUUAGACAAUGACGAUGAUGAUUACAAUGACAAAGAUGACAACAGUGAUGAUGAUUCUAGCUGCAACAAUGAUUAUAAUGAUGGUGAUGACAACAGCAAUGAUGAUUCCAGCUUCAAAGAUGAUGAUAGCGAUGAUGAUGGUGAUAUUGACAAAGAUGAUGAUACUGGUACUGAUAACUUAUGUGCAAUGUGUGACAAUGGAGGGAAAUUGCUAAGCUGUGAAGGACGAUGCAAAAGGGCUUUCCAUCCCAGAGAGAAGGAUGGAAGGGAAUCUAAUUGCGAUACUCUUGGUUUCUCUUCUGCACAACUACAGGAAAUUGGUCAUUAUCUGUGCAAGAACUGUGAAUUUCAGCAACACCAGUGUUUCAAAUGUGAAGAUCUUGAGCCAUCCGAUGGGCCGAAUGCUAAGGUGUUCCAAUGUUAUAAAGCAUGUUGUGGGCACUUCUACCACCCCAGUUGUAUUGCCAAAUUACUUGAGCCUCAUGACAACGAUGGAGCUUGUGAGUUGGAGAAAAGGAUUGCUGCCGGGAUGGCAUUUACAUGUCCUGCACAUUGGUGCUCUAAAUGCGGAAAGAUGGAAGACCAUACUGAAAUACCAUUGUGGCUUGCGGUCUGCCGGCGUUGUCCAAUAUCGUAUCACAAGAAAUGCUUGCCUAGAAACAUUUCCUUUGAAGACUUUGAAGAGAAGGAUGGCAGAAAAAGUAUACGUGCUUGGCACCUGGAUGAUAGAAUUAUCAUUUACUGCAGACAGCAUGAAAUAGAAGACAAGAUCGGAACACCUCGCAGAGACCAUAUAAAGUUACCUUCUAUAAAAGAUAGUGGCACUAUUGGAACACAUUGCAUGGACCAUAUGAAGUUAUCUUCAACUACAGAAAGUACAAGAGAUCUUGCUAAGAAGAAAGCACAAGUGACUGGCAAAAGGAAAAUGAACACCGAUCAAGGUUUAACAGGAACUGAAAAGCUGUCAAAUAAGAUUAGUCAAGAAAAAGCCGGCCAAAUCCAAGGAGUUGUCAUCAAGAAUGACACUGUCCAUUUAAACCGAGGGCACUGUGAUGAGCUAGACAAACUUACUGUGGACGAACAGGCAAAAGGGGAUGAAAAUAACGCCAAAUCUGGAAAAGAAAGAAAGAUGCAUAGGGGAGAAAAUGCAUAUGGACAUGACUUGACACUAGAGAAGGGGAAGACUCCUGGGGUCAAAAGUAAUACAUCUGGUUUAACUAUCGGGGGGUUGACAUCAGGUCAUAUUGAUGACCCCACUCCAGAAAAGAAAUUGCAGAUUGCAUAUGUGAAGACGCCUACUUCAAACAGAAUAAAUAGUUCCCAAGACUCUGGAUGGGAUGGUGAGAAACAAGUUUAUGGAAGCGAUGCCUGCCAGCAGGAUCCGAAGAGUCCUCAUUGCAAUGAUAAUUCGAAAGCAACAGAAAUAGAUACUUCAGUUGACAAGUCAAGAGCAAGACGGGGACAGGAGGAACAGGCAUCUGAUGGUAACAUGUUGGACUUGGAUACCAACAGAAAGAAGUUUCACAAGAAAAAUGGAGAUGUUCGUGACAAAGUUCAAAGCCCUCAAAGAAUCCGUGACAUCGAAAAUCCUCGGUCAAAAAGUCUUCCUCAGCGUACUGAUGACCAGAGAGCUUCAAAGUCUUCUGAAUACAUUGGCAGAGAGGGAAGGGGAUCAAGUAGAGGAGAGUGGAGGGAUAACAGGAGAGCAAGUAAACAUAACUCACUCUCGGGGAGGAGAAGUCCUCAAAAGAGAUCAAGGGCCUCUUCUCCGCAACGGCGAAGGAUGGACUAUCUAAGAAGCAAUAACCAACACAGAUAUGAGCAAGGACGACGCGAUGAUUAUUCCAGUGAUGGUGAUGUUGGUAGAAGGAGGUUGAGCCCCCAGCAACCAGCAUUUUCUCGUGAUGAUUUUGGUACUAUGCCCAGUCCCCCUUCAUCUCGGGGAAGAGCAGAAUAUGGUACCAGCGAAAGACGUACGAGAAGAGCGGAAGAAUAUGAAAGGCAUGGUUCCCCUUGGUACCUGAGAAGACCUGAAGGUGCUACUAGUCGAAUGGAUGACUCCAGUUUGUACGCACUAGGAUCAGAUUAUGCAAUGGACCGGACAAGUGUUCCUGUCCAUCAUCCACGCAACGUCGAUCUUGAUUACGGUGACUACCAUUUGAUGGACAUUGCUCGAGUUGAUAGGCAUUCUGCGUAUGGAGCGCGAACUGACACUGGCUGGGGCGAAAAUGCAGCAUUGAGUGGUGGGGGUUUCAGUGAUUAUGGACUCGGAUCAGAUUACCCACCAAGACUGAGAUCAGAUUCCGCACCAAGACUGAGAUCAGAUUCCCCACCAAGGAACGGAUUUAAAUUGGGUGAUUUGGCUUUCGCUGCAGGUUCAGUUACGGACAAGUAUGUUCCGCAGCUUGACCAAACGAAUCAUUAUACAACAAGAGGCCAUGGUGGCCUAAGUGAUGUGAGCUUCCAGCGCGGACAUCAGAACUCGUAUAGAUAUAGUCUCUUCUAGUAGAUUGCUACUGUUCUGGUUCUUGUUAACCUGGCCCUAGUCACUCUACAAGAGCCCUGCAGGAAACCAAGAGUUAAAACCUUCUUAGCCUUGAAACAGAUGUCUUUUAAUAAUUUGUGAGAGUAGAGUAUGUUGCAUUAUGUUUUCGCCACUGGCUUUGUCCUUGGUACAUCAGGCUUCUGUGGAACAGGUGUAUCUGGUGAUUAGGAAUUACUGGACAAGCUUUGGUCACAAGCGAUUUCUUGUCUUACAACAGAUUUUUAUUUCAUCUACCUAGGUAAACAAAAAUUAUCCGCUUAAUUUGCUGGCC